CGCAGCUCGUGAUGAGGAAGAUCAUUCUCCCCGGACUCCUCCUCGUCCUGCUCUGCCAGCAGGCCAUGGUGACGGCGCUCCUGUCCAGCCGAGCGUACUCAGCCAAAGACCUGGCCCGACUGAAGAGCUUGCUGGAGCAGUUUGAGGACACGCUGGCCGGAGAGAAGGCCCCAAACAGCCCUGGGGAUUACGAGGACGCCACGGCAGAGGAGGAGGAGGAGGCCAAACAGGGCCAGCCUGGCCGGGACUGGGACAGAGAGAGGGGGGGACAGGGGCUCCCGUCAGACCCGAGGGGCCCCGGAGACGGGUACGAGGCUCAGAGGAGCCAGCUCCUGGACUUGCUCAUGUCCACGCGCAGCAAGUCCUGCUUCGGUGGGAGGCUGGACCGGAUCGGAUCCUACAGCGGACUGGGCUGUAACACCAGGAAAGUGUAG